UUCAAUGUACAGAUACAAGUUCUAAAAGCAUAAAUAUGUAUAAAUUGCAGAGGAGAGCAGCAGGACAGACUAGAUAGAGAGGCAGAAAUGAACAACACAGAGCCUAUAAGCCCUCUGGACUUGAGUCAUUCCCUACCAGUGCCCAGUGUGCAGGAGCUCGCUCGAUCCGGCGAGAUCCCAAAGAGAUACUUAAGGCCUGAAGCCGAAGCCAAUCCGGUGGCCUCAGUUGAUGACGACGAACUUCCGGCAAUCGAUUUAGAGAAGCUCCUCAGUCCAGAGCUCAACAAUGAGGAGGAGGUCAAUAGGCUAGGAUUUGCAUGCAGAGAGUGGGGCUUCUUCCAGCUUAUAAAUCAUGGAAUACCAGAAGAAGUGAUAGAGAGGAUGAAGGAUGAUAUUAAGAAGUUCUUUGAGCUCCCGCUGAGAGAAAAAGAGGAGAUAAAACAGUUGCCAGGGCAUAUUGAAGGCUAUGGCCAGAUGUUUGUACAUUCGGAAGAACAGAUACUAGAUUGGGGAGAUGUGCUCGUUCUCAUUAUCCAGCCUUCUCAGAAUAGAAACAUGAGAUUUUGGCCUACCAAUCCCUCCACAUUCAGGGCUAACCUUGAUGCAUAUACAAAGAAGAUUGGAGAAGUUGCUGAUUGUCUAUAUAGAUUUAUGGCUAAGGAUUUGGGGAUUGAUGCUGAAGACAUUCUUAAUCUUUUUAGCGAUCAAAUACAGUCUGUAAGGAUAAAUUAUUACCCACCUUGCAAGCAGGCUGAUAAGGUGUUGGGUCUUUCUCCGCACAGUGAUGGUACUGCAUUAACAGUGCUUCUACAAGCAAAUGAUGUCCAUGGCUUGCAGAUAAAGAAAAAUGACAAAUGGUUCCUUAUAAAACCAACACCUGGAGCUUUAAUCAUCAAUAUUGGUGAUAUGAUUGAGGUAAUGACUAAUGGAAAGUACAAAAGUAUAGAGCAUAGAGCUACUAUAAAUUCGGAGGACGAACGAAUCUCAAUAGCAACAUUUAAUGCACCAAGCAUUGAUACUAUUCUGCGUCCUUUUCCAAAGCUAGUUAAUGGUGAUGGGGAGCUUUAUAAGACGAUAAGUGUCAAAGAGUAUGCAAAGAGAUACCUUUCAGCAAAACUGAAUGGAAAAGGUGCUUUAGAGAGCAUGAGGUUGAGGAAAUGAUGGAGGGUUCCUACCUGCUAAUAGUUUAUGAUCAAAAUAUUUUGUAUGAUAUGUUGUUAUUGCGAUUAUUAUCAAUGUCAUUGCUUGAUAAGUAUAUCAUUCCCCAAAAAAAAUUUUGACAUGCCAAAAUCAUUUGGUGUCAACAUAAGUAUCUGAUGGUGAUGUUCUCCUGCAUUCUAAAGGAUUAAAGGA